UGCUUACUGCUUAUAAAUGCUUAUUAUAUUAUGUUAAUAUGUUAUACUUGUUAUAGACACUACGAUUCUGGUUCUUUAACAGUUUAACGUUCUCGCGGCUUUCUAGUCAUCCGAUUUUAUUAUUUUUGACUUGUUUUUAUUGAAUAUAUUAUUAUUUUUGAAGUUUCCUAAGAUAUUACUUUGCAUAAUAACGUUCAAAUUUCUACAUUUGAAACAAGUUGUGACGAAAAAAACUGGACCAGUGAAUGUUAUCAUCGUAAAAAUAUCAUUGAAAUGAUAUAAAAAGAAAAACAUUGAAUAAAUUCAGACUUAGUAUUUGAAGAACUAGUGCACGGUGUUACUGUUCUAUAGUCAAACAUAAACAAUGAGUUACGGCGAUUCUGAAGCUAAAAUGAAUCUCUCUGCUUUGCAAAGAGUAGAUCCAUAUGUUGAUAGUAUUGUACAAACAGCGGGACACGUUGCUCUGUAUUCAUUUAAUGCAGAAGCAAAUGCAUGGCAAAAAACUAAUGUAGAAGGCACUUUACAUGUGUAUACACGAUCUGCUGAACCUUUGCACAGUAUUAUGAUAAUGAAUAGAUUAAAUACGAACAAUUUGAUGGAACCAAUUGAAAACGGCCUAGAUCUUCAACUUCAAGAGCCAUUUUUACUAUACAGAAACUGUGGAGGCUCGAUUUAUGGUAUUUGGUUUUAUGACAAAGAAGAAUGUGCAAAAAUUUCUAAUAUAUUGAAAUCAUUGAUCAAAAAUUUGAUAGUAAAACAAAAUGAUAAGAUUAACAAACAUGAAACUAGUUCCACCAAAAGUAUUGAUCUUGUUUCAAUGCUUAGUCGGGCACAAGAGGAUUAUAGAGCCAAUAAGACCAGCUCAAAAGGAUCUGAAACUCCAUCCAAAAAAAUAGAAGAAAAUGCCCCACCUCAAUGUGUUAUGGAUUUUUUUGCAAAAGCAGGAAGUGGAAAAAACUUCUCUGAAGGAUUACCAUCAUUAUCUAGUUAUGCAAAUACACAAAGUACGCAAACUCCAGCUUUAAAAACAGUUUCUAAUGAAUCUAUGUUGCACAAGUUGAUAGCUAGUCCAAUUCAUACAGUAGAACAAAUUGAAAUGCAACAAAGGUCAGCAACACCUAGGACAGAUACCUUGGUUCCAACUCAUAUUGAACAAGCUAAGACAUGUUCAUUUAAUAACAUAAAGCCCAGAAGUUUAAUAAAUCAAUUAAAUCAACAAGAUGAAGAUGAUACUUCCCAUGCUAAUCGCAAUGGAUAUCAUCGACCGCAAGAUAUUAAAGAUAAUUCAUUUAGUACAUCAUUGAUUGAACAUUUUCUUAAUCAAAGCGAUCUAUCAGAAAAAUCAAAUAUAACUAUGGGUGCAUGUAUGCCAUUAGAAUCACAAAUUGAUUCAGAUGAGCUUAUGCCACCAACUAGGUUUAUAUUGGAUGAAAUUGAAGAUGAACUAGUUACCUCUUCAGUAAAUGCAAUGUCAAUAACAGAACCUAAACAUCGGGAACCAGCAUCUAAUAAAUCUAAUAAUAAACUGGAACCAUUAACAAAGAAUCAGUUAUUACAAGCUUUUGAAUACUUAUUAAAAAAUGAUCCAGAUUUUAUGGUAAAAAUACAUGAAGGUUAUGUAAAGUCGUUAUUACGGAAUUAAGAUUAUCUAUUUGGAUUCCAUUACUUUAGUACAAGUAUGACUAUUUCUUUUUGACAAAAAUUGCAUUAUUUUUUAGCAACAUAUAUAUUUUUUUCCAAACAAUAAUAGUUUUUAAUUGCUA